CGUGAUCCUCACAUCCCAUCAACAUGCCUUUCACUGCCUCUGACAUCUGCAAGAUCAUCUUCGCCAUCAUCCUGCCCCCUCUGGGAGUCUUCCUGGAGCGCGGAUGUGGUGCUGACUUCCUGAUCAACAUCCUACUGACUAUUCUUGGUUGGUUGCCUGGUGUUAUCCACGCCUUGUACGUCUUCACCUAUUAG